AUGGAGGAGUGGAUGGAGAAUAAGUGGAUUUGGAAUGUGAAGUUGGUGGAGAGUAAGCAUCUUCAGGAAGAAGAAGAGUCGAAACAGGAUAUCUUUCUUUCCAUUUUGCAUAACGUGCAACUAAAGCAGCAAGUGGACGAUUCAUUCGUUUGGUGGAGGAACAAGAACGUAUUCUCGGUAAAAGGAAGCUAUCAAACCAUAGAAGAACUUUCUAAUGUUGAUGUACAGGUGAAGGAGAGUAUUAUUCUUCAUAUGGAUCCGCGUUGGCUUACGAAUGCUCCUAACAAAAUUCUCAUCUUUAGGUGGAGGCUAUUGCUGAAUCAAUUGCCAACUAAAUCACCCUUUGCUACUAGAGGGAUCAUCAAUGGAAACCACAACACGAUGUGUCCUCUUUGUUUUGGUGUUGAAGAAACUAUCUCCAAUAUAUAUAAGUGGUUGGAUAUAUUUAUUCAACCUGAGUUGGAUCUAGUAGUCAAUAAUUUGAACAACUUUAGAACUAACCUUAAAGAUAGUGUGAAAAAGAAUUUCCAGUUGGUAAUUUGGCUCGCAGUUUGUUGGACAAUUUAG